GGGGCGUGUCCGUGUGUCUGACAGACGUAGGUAAAGGCUCCAGCCGCAUAUACUGUUGUACAUCCUGCUCACCCUACUGUUACUGCAACUGCCGCCUGUUCCCUGUAUGUCCCGACUCACUACAUACAUGUAACAUGUACCCGAGCGGCAGGGCGGCGGCGGCAGCAGCAGUAUGACUGUGGGGCAGGUGAGGAGGAAGAUGCAGCCUACGUCGGAUUGUAGUGGCCCCAUCAGCUUGUCCCCAGCAGCACCAGGGAUUCCUUCUCUCAGCCGGACUCGCAGUGUUCGGGAGCAGCAGGCGCAGCUGAAGCACAAGCUCAGGGAACUGCCAUCCCUACUGAAGAGCGGCCUGACCCUGCGGAGACGGAGUUCUGUGCUUGGCCCCUCACCCUCGUUAUGUGAAGGCGACGACGCGGCUGUAGCUGGAAACACGAGCAGCCCGAUUCUUCCUGAAAGAAUUCCAAGCCUGUAUGUGGAUAAUUCAGCCACCAAGCUUUAUGGUGAAAGUGUAUCUUGUGCAGGAAGAGCUCUGAGAAAUGCAGUGAGAAGCCAAACACCUGAACUGAUUAGAGAUCGCAUGUAUCUGACGUGUAUUUGCAGAAAAAGUUGUGUGGGGUCUGAACUGGUGGAUUGGUUGCUGCAGCAUUGCCCCUUUGUGCAGUGUCGAUAUACUGCAGCUAGUAUCUGGCAGAUAUUAUUGAAACUUGGGAUCCUACUAUCAGUGGACAAACAACUAUGUUUCCAAGACGCAUAUGUGUUCUACCAAUUUUCUUCUGAAGAAUGUGGAAAUGCUGCCUGUGAAUUUGGCAGAGAAAAAGGAUGGCUCAUGGGUGUCAGACUUUUAAAGCAACUUGUCCCUCUCGUCCCUCUUACAUCAAACAUGUGUGAUGUGUCAGCUGAGAAGCUAGAUCAUUCAAAUGAAGCAAAUAACAAAAUCCUGCAAAUUCAAGCACUUGCCCGUCUCACUUCUGCGGUAAUUUUUUCCCCUUAACUAUCCACUGAUUCAUAGCUAUAAAUAAAUAAAUAAAUAAAGCUUAA